CCCACCUGUGCAAACCGAGCACACAACCUCGUCUCUUUCUACCAUCUAAACGACGUUUUCCUCCUCUCUGCCAAAUCUUUUUCUGCAUUAGGCAAAACUCUUUUCUUUUCUAAGCCUUUGCGAGACAACACCUAUAGGAAACCAACAAGAAAUUCCAAACUCUCUUAUCUUUUUGUGUUGUCCUGGUGAGCCGCAUAGAGGAACUUGAACUAAUGCAGGAAUCAAUUUCCUCAAACUUGCUUCGAGGAGUUGUAGCCUAAAGUUAGUUAGGCUGUGACAAGUCUAGUUGGACGACAACAGACAAGAAGCCAUGGAUAUGCUGAAGGCACGCAGUGUCCUGGUGACUGGAUCCAACCGGGGGAUUGGCCUGGAGCUUGUCAGGCAGCUGUCUGAGCAAAAUGAACAUCCAGAAUGGAUCUUUGCCACCUGCCGUGACCCAGAGGGAUCCCGUGCCCAGGACUUGAAGGAUUUGGCCGCCAAGCAUCAGGAAGUCAAGAUCAUCCCCCUGGAAGUUACUGAUCCAUCCAGCAUCCAGGCUGCUGCAGCCAGAGUCACGGAGCACCUGCAAGGAGCCGGGCUGAAUCUCCUGAUCAACAAUGCCGGGAUUGUAAGGUCCAGCACUCUGGAAUCCGAGAUGCCAGAGAAAAUGUCCGAGGUGUACAAAAACAACGUGAUUGGGCCCAUGAUGGUGAGCCAGGCAUUCUUGCCCUUGCUGAGGAGGGCAUCUCAGGAAAGCCCCCAGAAAGGGAUGAGCUGCAGCAAAGCCGCUAUUGUCAACAUGUCCAGUGGCGCUGGCUCCAUCACUGAUCUCCUUGGAUGGGAUUUUGGACAAGUCAUUAAUUACCGCUGCAGCAAGACAGCUCUAAAUAUGCUCACUCGGUGCCAGUCCCUGGGAUAUGCCGGAGAUGAGAUCUUGUGCAUUGCAUUGAACCCUGGAUGGGUGAAGACAGACAUGGGAAGCAUGAUGGCCCCAAUGACAGUGGAAGCCAAUGUGCAAGCGAUUCUGAACACCUUCGGCCAUCUCUCCGAGAAAGAAAACGGGGUUUUUUUGAACUGGAAGGGGAUGAUUCUUCCUUGGUGAGGGCCAAACUGCUUGCUUUGCUGGAAGAAUUCUUCAUCAGAGCAUUACUGAUCAUGCCUUCAUCCUCAAUAAGCUUUCCAUGAUCUGCUGAAAAAUUUGCAAUGCUCGUUCUCUUUUGUGGGCUAAGAUCCAGUGAAAACUAGUCAUCCUUUAUUUCCUGUGUAUGGAGAGCCAGUUUGGUGUAGUGGUUAAGAGUAGCGGAACACUAAUCUGGAGUACCAGGUUUGAUUCCCCACUUCUCCACUUGUAGCCAGCUGGGUGACCUUGGGUCAGUCACAGCUCUUCCAGAGCUCUCUCAGCCCCACCUACCUCACAGGGUGAUUGUUGUGGUGGGGAUAAUAAUGACAUACUUUGUAAACCGCUCUGAGUGGGUAGCUAUUGUCCUGAACGGCAGUAUAUAAAUUGAAUGUUAUUAUUAUUAUUAUAUUUCUUUUCUUUUUUAAAUUCAUCUUGAUUUUUCAAAGAGAAAUUGUCUACUAAAUCUUGUCACAGCAAUUAAAAUUUCAUACAGGAUACUGCUGGCUGGUGCUAUUUAUAAAAACGAAACACUGAUCCUGUGGCAUACAAACUAAACACAAGAGGUACAAAGAAAGGGAGAUAAAAGCUAGAUGAGGGAGAUCAGUUUUGCAAUCCUUAAUGUUUCUACAGAUGGCAUUUGCAUAAGGUAGCUCCAUAAAUUCUGUUCCAAAGACAUAAGGGCAACUCUCCAAAAUGAAAAAGGACUUUUUAAAUGGGGAUCUCCAAUACUCAUCGGUUCAGGGCUGAAUCCACAUUCACCCAUUACCCGCUUAUAAAUCGCUUUUCUUUCGGUUUCCUCCAACCCGCAACUUUUCCUUCUCCGUUCACAUUCAGGCUCCCCAUCCGGCUUUCUCGCGCGAGCCUCCGGUCACACGUCCGCUCGCCAACCGCUUUUGUGGGCGGUACCUUUUUUUCCCUCCCUUUUUUUUUAUUUUUUUUGAAAACACUUUUCCGUUAUUUCGUUUUAUCGAUAUGAGGAAACAUCAACAAAGCGACAAAUCACGUGAACAUCUCGAUAGCCACUGGUUAACUUUUUUGGGCGGGCGAUUCGAAUGGUCUAUAAAAGGGAA